UUCUCCCCCCAUUCCCGGUGAUUUUUUUCCCCCCAUUCCCGCUGUAUUUCCCUCAUUCCCGCACUCCCUCCAUUCCCGUUUUUCCCCCGCAAUCCCGGAUUUUCCCCCCAAUCCCGGAUUUUUCCCCCAAUCCCGCAGUUUUUCCCCAAUCCCGCAGUUUUCCCCAUGGCGAUCCCCUCUCCCUGAGCCCCGCGAUGCUCCGCGCCCCUCGGGCUGCGGCGCCGGGGUGGUCGCUCCUCCUUCCUCCCCCUCCUCCUCCUCCUCCUCGGAGCCGCUCCGGCCGCUGAUCCCGCUCCGAGCCGAGCCGAGCCGAGCCGAGCCGAGCGAUUCCCGGGAAAAUAAAAAUAAAACCCCGCAGGGAUGGAGCGGGAAUGGCCGCGGGGCAAAGCGCGGCUGCCCUCGCUGCUCCUGGCGCUGCUGGGGCUCGGCCCAGGGCUCUUGCAGGAGGCGCGUUUUGAGGCAGAAAAUGAGGUUUUGGAAAUUGUGGCUGGGAAUUCCACCCAGUCUCUCCUGGAGCGUUGUUCUGAGCUGCUCUUCGGGCAGUCCCGCGCCCCGCCCCGCCAGGUGAACGGCGUCCUGGGCGGCUCGGUGCUGCUGUCCCCGGCGCUGCUGCCCAACCAGACGGUGAAGGAGAUCGAGUGGAGCUUCUCGGGCGGCAGCGGCGCCACCAUCCAGGUGGCCGAGGUGGGCCCGGCGGGGCUGGAGCGGCCGGACCCGCGGGACCGCUUCGGGCGCCGCCUGGAGCUCGUCAACGGCACGGCGCUGCGGCUGCGCGGGCUGCAGAGCGGCGACAGCGGCGUCUUCGGGGCCAGGAUCAAACUGCAGCCCGCCCUCGUGGAGGAUCAGGCCUUCAACCUGUCCGUCUAUGAGGCCGUGCCCAGCCCCCGGACGCGCAGCCAGCUCCUGGCCAGCACCCUCGAGUGGUGCAACCUGACCCUGCAGUGCCAGGGCAGCGGGCGCGGCGCCGUCAAUGUCACCUGGCGGCGCGACAGCCUCACCUGGGGCCAGCUGGGGCCCGGGCGCCACCAGCUGUCCCCCGACGGCACCACGCUGCGGGUGGCACUGCCGCCCGCCGCCACCAACGCCACCUACGCGUGCACCGUGAGCAACCCCGCCGACCACAAGGUCGCCCUGUUCGACCUGCAGAGCCUGUGCCAGGGCGGAGGGGGUCCCUCGGCGUUCUCCACCUCGGGCUAUGUGGUGCUCUCGCUCAUCCUGGUGGCCGUGAGCCUGGGCGGCGCCUUCUGGUGCUGGAGGGUCAACAGCGAGAAGGCGGCCGAGGCAGCCGCCACGCCCACGGCGCCGCCCGAGGAGAGCCCCGGGGAGCCGCAGUUCAGCGACAUCGUGUGCAGGAGCCCCCCCGAGGGCAACGACCAGGUCGGCACC